AUGGUCAAGCUUUCGUCUAAUAAUUACUUUUUACUCUUUCUCGGUAUUGUAGUGAUAAUGGAUUCUCAGGCCUUCAAAAGACAGCUUUCUUUCAAAGAUGCACUGUUGAAUAAAUACAGCCUCGAAGAAGAUGACGAAGAACUUUGUUUUAUACACAUAAGUGGAUCUCCAAAACACAAAGGUAAACGAAACUUAGGGUUUAACAAAAAAAGUCUUAUGUGGGCAAUUACUGGCUUCUUUCCAGACUUAUUAUACGGUGCCAAAAUUUCUAAAGGUAUUCAUCAUUAGCUUGAACAAGAGGCCUACAGCUACAAUCGUCUUAAAGGAACCGUUUAAUUCGAAAAGCCAUUGAUUUACUGAUACUGUUCUAAGUUGACGAUUAAGUUUAUUGCUUAGUUUUAGCUUUGUAGGUUAGAUAUAUCGUUUUAUCCAGGGAAACAAAGAGAAAUUGCAUUUUUUAAUAUAAUAUACAAUUUAUUUGUAAAAUUUACAUUUAAAUUAAUAUAUUUUAAAUUUCAUUGACCUUGCAGGUUUAAUGGGAAAUGCCAAAAUAGUUUGUUUUUGCACAUAAGAUGGUUAACACACUUACUACUAAUAUCAAAAUUUAUGUUCUUUUAUAUCUCUACGUGUAUGCUUACAUUAUUAACAUACAGAUUAGUUAGAAGUUAUAAGUUAUUGUUAAUGCUAAUCAAGAGAAUUCCAUUGAUAAUAAUAAUAAAAAUUCUUUAAGAAUAAUUUCUGGACCUUUCUUCUUGAUUUUGCAUUGUUGUCUGAAGGAGGAAUUAGAUACCGGUCAGGCUUAGGACUUAAAGGGUUAGUGCACAGUAAACGUGUAAAGGACAGUAUCAGAAAAUUUCUUGUGUGAUUUCUGCUAGAAUAGUAAAGAGGUCACUUGCUGAUGCAUGAGUGACCAUUUAACUGGGGGAGGGGAGAGGGGGGACUUUAGGAGUCUUUGGAUGGGGAUGUGCCACUGUGACCCUGAAACCCAUAGCCUAUGCCAAACCCCAGGGGGGGGGGGGUACUCCCAUACAUUACCCAGGGUUGUCAUUAAGAGCCGGGGGCCGGGGAUUUUCGCUGGCUACUAAGAGAGUGGCCCCCGGCUACUUUUAUUGGAAAAUAGAAGAAAAAUAGAACCAAAAGAAAUCCCUAGCCGUUUGAUUCACCGCCUACUUGUUGUAUUUACCUGGCAACUUGAAAUCUUAGUGACAACCCUGAUUACCUAUACGGGGAUGUGCCGCCCAACGGGGUCGUGAUUUUGAAGCUCCUGAUUUAGAACGGGGUAUCCAUUUCAGAGGCGUUUUCUAGAACGGGGUAUAAUAUUUCGAACGCACGAAAGCUCCUGUUUUGUAAGCAGCCAUUUGAAAUUAUUCAAGGACAGAUUGCUUUAAAAAUAUGGUUCAAUGCGUUAACAAGCAAACUGUUGUACUCUUUGCACCCUAGAACGGGGUAUCAAUUUUAGGGGAAAUUUUUUUAGAACGGGGUGCCAAUUUGGAGUCCUGGGCAGCACAUACCCACCCAAAAAAUACCCAAGUGCCCCCCCCGCCCCGGGGUGCCAAACCCAGCUGAGGCUGAUUUUUGCUACCAGAUAGUAGACCAAACUCCCAAAAUCCCUCACUAUGAUCCUCGGUUCACUAUCAAUAAAUAAUAUAUUUUUAGGAACAACUGCCUCCCCUGGGUCACCAGCACAGUCCAGCCAAAACAAAAGCUUUCUGAUCAGAGUUGUACAAAUAGGUUACCUUUUUUGGAGGGGGAGGGGGGGGGGCAGUUUGUAAAAUGCUUCGCAGCAAAAUAACCAGACACAAAACAAAGUAGUAAUUGCUUUCUGAUUAAUUUUGCUUCAUAGUUUCUUUGUAACUCUAAAGAAGGAUUUUGCAUAUGGGUAAAGGUACUUAAUGACUUCAGCAGAUAUUUGACCUAAAACAGCAAUAUCCUUAUGAAAUAUAAGUCACUUAACCUCCUUUAAUACUUUUGCACUGUUUUACAUAAUUUACAGCCCCUUUUGACCAAUCAGAGCAUUACCAAAAGAGAAUCCUCACCCUUGAUGGCUGUGGUAUCACAUGUGCUGGCCCUGACCGGGAGAUCAUAACAACCUGUCCAAAUGUUGAGGAGCUGGAUCUGGCAAAGAACAAGCUUUCUAACUUUGAGGAGGUGAGAAACAAGAAUAAUUAUAGACAAUUAUUGGACAAGGUUUAUUAAGGUGGAGGUAAGUGUUAUCAACCGAGCCGAAGGCCAAGGCUGAUAACACUCACUGAAACCUUGAUUAUUUAGGAUAUCACAAAAACCUAAUCCAAUUAUUGUUUUAUUAUACAUUGUUUUGAAGAAAAUAACCACAAACACACCCUUGCAAGGAACCUGAAUAUUUGAUAUUGUUAUUGGAAAUCAUGCAUUGCAUGGGUGUUACCUACAGAUAAGUCAGUUAACUAACUUAUCUGUAGGCUCUUUCAGCCAAUGAGAAGACAGAUAGUGAAUACAAUGUAUAAUGAGGUUAAAUAUUUUAUGCAAUACAAAUAAAGUAUUGUCUGGGCCUCAGUUGAUCAAAAACUAAAUAAUGCUAUCCACUAGAUAAGUUAUCCAGAUAAGUUAUCCAGUGAAUAGAGAUUUACCCUGCCUUUUGAACAAUGUUAACUGGUGCCAAGCCCAGCUGUUGUAAAGUAAUGCUAUUUAAUAAUUGUAGAUGAUUACAGGAUCAAGGCCUAAGUAACCAAGAUAUCACACAAAACAUUAGGAUAUACAUGUACAGUGUAUACCAGUCGAGCAUCGUUACUAAGGAAGAGGAUUAAGGGCUAAUCCCGUAUGUACUACCAUGUGGAUACUGUUCUUUGCAAACUAAUAAGUGACCAGUGUAAUGUACUUUGCUUCUUCUUGUUUCACAGGUGCUCCGUAUAAUCAGUCAGCUACACAAGUUGGAGUUCUUAAACCUGAGUGAAAAUUACUUGUCACAAAAGAUUGAUGAUUUUUCCCCAUUUAUUGAAGACCAGGAUAGAGAUGCUUUACCUUCAAUUAAGAAACUUAUUCUCAACAACACCUCUGUCCCACUAGAGACAGUUUACUCUCUUCUGACCUGUCUAACUGGGUAAGGUUUGUGCAAUGUUAAAUAUACAAUACGUUUAACCUUCAUCGAUCUCCUAAUUCUCCAGGAAUAAAUUUUUUAACAAGUCAAAUACUUUUCACAGAAAAAAAUCCUAAAACAAAUAGCUAUAGGACCAUGCAAAAGUUCUCCCCAAGAGGUUUCAUUUGAAAUCGGUAUAAGACAGUAAUAUUUCAAAGUUUGUGAGUAAUAGCCUUACAUUUAAAUAAUCAUCUUUAAUUGCAAGAUAUAGGGGUUUUUUUGUCAGCUAAUAGCAGUCUAUUUUAGAGGGUGGGGGUACUUCUGUGAAUUACCUACCUAUACUAGUGCACAGUGUCUAGGAUAAGAAUCUCCACACCCAUCCCACCCCGGUUAUGUGACCAGCAAUCAAGUUUUCAAGGAUUAACAAUAAUAUAAUUAUUAUGAUCAGCUUGAGGUUUACAAUACUUCGUGAUCGGCUUCUUGUUUUGUUUCUAAAUUGCAGAGUACAAGACCUGUAUUUAAGUCUUAAUGGCUACGACAACAUUCCCGAAGCACCAGAGCAAUACCCCAACAUAAGAAGCCUAUCAAUCAAUAAGCAUGAUAUCAAACAGUGGGAUGAGGUUGGAAAACUAGGAUUUGUCUUCCCAGGAUUGACCACUCUACGAAUGUCUGAGUGCCCCCUGGAAAACAUCACGCCUACAGAAUUACCCCAGCAGUUUCCUGAGCUUAAGAUUCUUAACCUGAAUGAUACUCUUCUAAAUACAUGGGAGGACAUAGAAGCACUGAAAUGCUUUCCCCAACUGACGGAUGUCAGUCUCAUGGGAAUUCCCCUGUUAAAUCAGUUUUCCGAUCAAGAGAAACGACAGCUGUUGAUUGCAAGACUUCCCAACAUUGAAAAGCUCAACAAGACCAAAAUAAUGGAGGAAGAAAGGGAAGACGCUGAGAGGUUUUUCAUUCGACACCAUAUGGAUAAUGAAAACCCACCGUUAAGAUACUCAGAGCUAGUUGCAAGACAUGGCAUGUUAGAUCGGCUUGCUGAUGUCAACCUUCAAGCCAAAACGUCUGCCAUGAUCUCAUUUAUAUUUGAUGAUCAGCCACUUUUCAAGAGGGAGAUAAAUCUUAUGCAAAGCACGGCAAGUUUAAAAAAAUAUUUGAGUAAGUUUAUUGGAAUACCACCUCCAGGCUUCAAGUUACUUUACCAUGAUGUUGGGUUUUGCGUUGGUCUUGAAGAAAUGUGGUUCGGGGCUAAGAAGCUCUACACAUUCAAGAUGAAAGACGGGGAUGAAAUACAUAUUUGGAGCAGAUGAACCAAAAGAAUACAAACUUUUAGAACUUAGUUGAACUGUAAUUGAGUUUGGCUAAUGGGCUUGACGGAACCCAAAUCACGUAGACUGGGGAGGGGUUUUGACAAAAGCCAAAAGUUGUGGAAAAUACACAAAAGGUGUGACCAUUGGUAACACACUCCAAUUUCUCCAUAAUUUAUGCUUUAUGUAUGUCGUACAAAAAUGAAAUUCAGUAAUACAUGUACAGUGUAUAUCAUUGUUUUACUAUUUGUUCAAAAAUAUUUCCAAACAUUUAAUAUUUUACCAGUUCCUUAGCAGAUUCAGAUUUUUCAAAGAGCAUCUGACGUUCCUCAAUUGGCCUUGAGAUUUUUUGCAGUCUUCGUAAAAUUUGGCAAAAGCUAGCUGGUUUUAAGCCCAGAGAUUUAAGCCAUAUUAAAUCGUUCAGUAAUGGAG